AUGAUUUUUGUUGGUGUCGAUGGUGGUGGUUUUGUAGUUGAAAAUCUUGGUUUGUUGGUGGUUGAAAAUGGUGGUGAUUGCGGUUGUUUUGUUAAUGGCGUUGGCGGCGCUGAUGGCAGUAGCGGUGCUUGUGUUGGCAGUGGUGAUUUGGAUGGUGGUGUUGAGGUUGGGAGGAAAUUGAGCGGUGCUUGUGUUGGCAGUGGUGAUUUGGAUGGUGGUGUUGAGGUUGGGAGGAAAUUGUAUUGUUGGGUGUGUUCGGUGGUUGUGUCUGGCUGUGAUUGUGUCCUGGUCGUUGUGAUGGUUUCUGGCCGUGGUCAUGUUGGCGAUGGAGACGGAGGUUAUGUUGUUGUGUUUGGUGGUGGCAGUCAUGUUUGGUUGUCGUCGGCGUUUGUUGGUGAUUGUGGUUGUGUUGUUGUUGAUGAUGUUGGUGGCGGUGGCGGUGGCGGUGGCGGUGGGGGGUGGGUAUCUGUGACCAAUUAUAUUUGGUGUCUAUGA